AUGGUUAAUCCUGAAGAAGUGCACAGCCAGCAUGGCGAUGGCCCUGCUGCCGAGGAGAUCGAGCUGACGAAAAAUCACCAACAAGCCCACAUGUCCAACCAUGAAGAGCACCAGACGGGCAUAUACCAAUCCUUCAUCCGCUACCCGGGCGCGUGCGUGUGGUGUGUCUAUGCGAUCUGGUGCAUCACCCUACUAAGCUUCGACGUACAAGCCGCUGGAGCUGUUGUUGGAAUACCCGAGUUUCGAAAGGACUUUGGAUAUGAGUACGAGGGUGACUAUGUGCUUCCCGCGAGAUGGCAGUCGGCAUUUGGGGGUGCCCCUAUUGCUACGUACGUUGUUUCGCAUUCAUUGUCUGGAUAUGUCGUUCUAAAAGCCAGCAGGGCCAUUAUCUCGUCGCUCAUUGCUGCCGAGGCCGCGGACAUGUUCGGCCGGAAGAAGACUCUUAUGGCUGCCUUGGUCAUCUCCUAUGUUGCUGUUGCUAUCGAGUUUGUCGCGACGUCAAAUGCCGUCUUCUUCGCUGGCAAGUUCCUCAAUGGGUUCAUGGUAGGAACUGUAGCCACAGUCAUGAUAACCUAUAUCGGAGAGAUCUCUCCGCUGGCUUUGCGUGGUAUCUUCACUUGCUGCAUCGGAGUGGCUUAUGGACUGGGGCCACUAGUCGCCUUCAUCGUCAUUCGAUACACGGGCCAGCUGGAUUCGCGUUGGGCAUAUAGAGCCGUAUUCUGUGCUCAGUUCGGCUUUGCUGGUAUUGCAACCAUCUUCGUGCCGUUCAUGCCAGAGUAA